CAGAGCGCGAGCGAAUAAGUCACACGCGGCUAAAAAUUGCACAAAAUAGCAGAGAAAAGCAGCAGCGAGAGUGAAAAGUCACCCCUUUGCGAAUAUAUGAAAGCGAACACAAGCUUUAAGAUACAUUUAUGAGUGCUAAUAAAGUGUAAAGACUGCUAACUGGCGUAGUGUGAACAAUGAUAAAGAUGUGAAGUGAAGUGUCGUGGCCUAAGUAAAGGAAUACCAGGAAGUAUUGCACCAGCUUGCCCCAGUUUGAGUUAGUCACCUUUAGUAUAAAACCGCACAAUGAAUGCCAGCGAGGAUUAUUUAUCGAUGGAUCCAACGGAGGAGAUAUCACAGGUCUUGGAUCUGCAGGAAAACAAAACAGAAACCCUGCGAACACAUCCAACUGUUGCCGAGUAUUAUGAAAACAUGACUGCCUUCGUAAGCCUGGCCAUCUUCGUAGCCAGUCUGCUCACCAUCCUCAACAUCUGCAUCUUCGCCACGACGGUCUCACGGUUGCGUCGCCACCUGAGCAAGUCGCUCCUGAGCCCCUCGAUUAUAAUGGUCGCCCUGUAUCCGAUUAUCUCGCUGGCUGCCCUGGUUACCAUCCUGGUGCCAUACUCCUGGUUCAUCUGCCACACGGUGAUGCACGUGAUGUUCAUGGUCGGCGGACCCGUCUUCCGCACCCUGCUCUUCCGUUACGUGAACUCGGAGCAGAACUACGUGAAGGAGACCGCCGGGGAGGCGGUGCAGCUGAAUACCCCGCCCUGCUGCUGCUGCUGCCUCUGCCUGCCGAUGGUGAUUCCCACCAAGGCCAAGCUCUGCAUCUCCCGAUACAUGGUCUGGCAGAUGCCCUUCUGGCAGGGCUCCAUCAUGCUGGUGAUGAACAUCCUCUACUACAGGGACAUCCAGCUCUACCGCCAGGUCAUGUUCUUCUUCAUCCCCUUCAUCGUGUGCUCCAUUGUCCUAGGCGUGUGGUCCCUUCAAAUCACGGUGCGGAUGAUCACAAAAGUUCGCGGAGAUUAUCAGCUAAGGAAGAAGAUGUUCUGCCUCCAGUUAGUUGUUAUGCUUUGCAAACUGCAGUAUUUGAUUCUGUACGAUCAGCUGGACGGCAUCAAAAUGGGAGGGGAGUACCCCAUUAAUCACACCGUCUACAAGCAAACUAUCAUAAACAUCUUAAUCCUAGUGGAAAUGGUGCUGGUCUCCAUGAUGGUUCAGAGUGCAUAUCGUACUCCCAUUCAAGUUCAAAUCGACGAGGUCAACAAGGAGAAGGAAGUAACUCGCAUUUGAGUCUGGGCGUUGGUAGAAAGUAGAACAAAUUGUGAUAAAUUUAAUAAAGAAAAUGUAGUUAAAUUUAUUUUGUAAUAGUUUGCUCUUAACAACUUGCUUUAAAUAGACUAAAAACGGAAUUA